AUGUCUGCGAGUUCUUUCCACGUAGCCAUCGUUGGAGGCGGUCUCUGCGGCAUUGCCCUCGCAAUCGCUCUAAAGAAACGCAAUGUUUCCUUCACGCUUUACGAAUCGAGAUCAUCCUUCACCGAGAUUGGAGCAGGCCUCAACUUGGGCCCCAAUGGGCUGCGGGCCCUUCAAGCAAUUGAGCCUUCCCUACGUGAUAAGAUCUUUGCCCUAGCCACGCGGAAUCAAUCGCCUGAGGAGGAUACCUGGAUGUGGUUCAAGUAUGGGGCUGCUUCUGGGGAUCAUCAAGAUGGCGAGACGUUCAUGAAAAUCAUGGCGCCGCCGACUGGUAACACAACGCUUCAUCGACAGGAAUUUCUGCAGGCUUUGGCGGAUGAGAUGGGCGAGGAACAUGCAAAAUUCAACAAGAAGCUCUUGGCAUAUGAGCAUCAAGACAAUGGCGUUCUCUUCAAAUUUGCGGAUGGUACUGAAGGAUCUGCGAGCAUCCUUGUAGGGUGCGAUGGAAUCCACUCUCGUGUGCGGACGGCUAUGCUUGGCCGUGACAGCUCCCUGAGCAAGGCGCAUUACAACCAAGACGGCGCUUAUCGAGCUGUAAUAGCCAUGGAGAAAGCAUUGGAGGCCUGGGGCGAAGACGCUCGUAAAUCACAAGUAUCGCUUGGACCGAAUGGAUACUUCAUUUAUUACCCCGUCAGUGGAGGCAAAGCCGUCAACUGCGGUGCUUGGUGCCGCAAAGAAGGUACCUGGGACCAAGAUGAGUGGGUCCUGCCAAAUCAGGGUGAUCAGCUGUUUCGAGAGGAUUACAAUGAUUGGGGACCUCGGAUACAGAAGAUGUUGAGAUUGUUCCCGGAGGAUCCCUCAUUUUGGGCGGCGCAUCAGCAUCUUCGACAACCGGAAAGUUUUACGGACGGCCGUACGAUCUUGAUAGGAGAUGCCGCACAUGCGAUGCCGCCACAUCAAGGUGCGGGCGCUUCUCAAGCUGUAGAAGACGCUUAUGUCACUGCCGAAGUUCUUGGACAACUUCAGAGGGACUGUGGUUCGUCUCUCACAGAGGAAGCCAUCAAUGCUGCCCUACUAGCAAUUGAAAAUGUCCGGAAGCCGCGUUUCAGCAAAGUCCAGGAAUACAGUACCUCCUCGGGCCCAUUGUGGUAUUCGUUCUUUGAACAAAGACUUGAAGGUGAAGCGCUGGAAGAUUGGAUCCGUGAAGUAAAAGAACAGCUGCUAGAGAUUUGGGAUGUCGACAUCGUGAGUGAAGCUAAGAUCGCCAGACAUAUCUUGAAGAAGAAACUUGAUAAGGGAUCUACGCAGACGAGCGCUCUUUGA